UGCAGGCAAAGAUGGCGGUGCGGAAGAAAGACGGCGGCCCGAAUGUAAAAUAUUUCGAAGCGUCUGAUACCGUUUCUCAGUUUGAUAAUGUCCGCGUCUGGCUGGGAAAGAAUUACAAAAAGUACAUCCAGGCCGAGCCCCCCACCAACAAGUCCCUGUCCAGCCUGGUGGUCCAGCUGCUGCAGUUCCAGGAGGAGGUGUUCGGCCGGCAUGUCAGCAACCCUCCACUCACCAAGCUGCCAAUGAAGUGUUUCCUGGACUUCAAGUCAGGAGGGGCGCUCUGCCACAUCCUGGCCGCUGCCUACAAGUUCAAGAGUGACCAAGGAUGGCGCAGGUUUGACUUCCAGAAUCCGUCGAGGAUGGACCGAAAUGUGGAAAUGUUCAUGACCAUCGAGAAGUCCUUAGUGCAGAACAACUGCCUGACGAGGCCGGUCAUCUAUCUGAGCUCCGACAUCGAGCCCAAACUGCUCAGCAAACUGAAAGACAUCAUCAAAAGACAUCAGGGCUCCGUGACUGAGGACAAAGCUGCCAGCUCUCAUGUCGUUGUGCCUAUUCCCACCAGUCUGGAGGAAGAGGAGUGGGUCCGUCCUGUGAUGAAGAGAGAUAAACAAGUGCUGCUUCACUGGGGAUAUUUUCCUGACAGUUAUGACACCUGGAUCCCAGCCAGUGAAAUUGAGGCUGCAGUGGAGGAUCCUCCGAGCCCCGAAAAGCCCAGGAAGGUUCAUGCAAAGUGGAUUUUAGACCUGGAUCAGUACAAUGAGUGGAUGAAUGAGGAGGACUACGAGGUGGGAGAGGGCUGUCCUAAGAGGAAGAGAAUCUCUGCCAAGACCCUGACAGACGAGGUGACCACACCCGACGAGCGCCGGGACAAAAAGCCCGGCAGUGCCAAGAAGAGGAAGCGCUCCCCAUCGCCAUCCCCCACCCCCCCUCCUCAGGAGAGCAAGAAGAAGAACACUAAGAAAGGGCCAACGACCCCGUAUACCAAGUCUAAACGGGGCCAGAGGGAGGAGGAGCAGGAGGACGCGUCGAAGGACCUGGAUGAAUCGUCACCUGUUCCAGCGUCUGAGGAGGGAAACCCGGCCAAGACAAAUAACACCAAAAAGGACGCUGAUUCAACCCCAGUCAAGGGAGGCACAGAUAUGGACGAACAAGAGGAUGAGUCCAUGGAAACCACAGGAAAGGAAGAGGAGGAAGGCUCUCCGAGUGUGAAGGGGGAGCCUGUUAAAGGCUCAGACCUUCAUGAGGACAACGUGACGGAGCAAACCCACCACAUCAUCAUCCCCAGUUACGCCGCCUGGUUCGACUAUAACAGUGUUCAUGCCAUCGAGCGCAGAGCUCUGCCAGAGUUUUUCAACGGGAAGAACAAAUCCAAAACCCCAGAGAUUUAUCUAGCAUACAGGAACUUCAUGAUUGACACCUACCGCCUGAACCCCCAGGAGUACCUGACCUCCACCGCCUGCCGCAGGAACCUGGCAGGAGACGUGUGCGCCAUCAUGAGAGUUCACGCGUUUCUGGAGCAGUGGGGACUCAUCAACUACCAGGUGGACUCGGAGAGCCGGCCCACCCCGAUGGGCCCCCCGCCCACCUCCCACUUCCACGUCCUGGCAGACACUCCGUCCAGCCUCGUGCCCCUGCAGCCCAAGGCCUCUCAGACCCCGGCCACUCAGCAGAUGAUGUCGUUCCCCGAUAAAGUGAAGGACAAGCCGGCAGAUCUGCAAAACUUUGGCCUGCGGACCGACAUGUACAACAAGAAGACCGGCUCUGCAAAGAGCAAAAGUGGAGCCAGCUCCAUGCGGGAGUGGACAGAACAAGAAACACUACUACUACUCGAGGGUUUGGAGAUGUACAAAGACGACUGGAACAAGGUGUCUGAGCACGUGGGCAGCCGCACGCAGGACGAAUGCAUCCUGCACUUCCUGCGGCUGCCCAUCGAAGAUCCGUACCUGGAGGAGGGCUCCUCCACCCUCGGGCCCCUGGCCUACCAGCCCAUCCCGUUCAGCCAGGCGGGGAACCCCGUCAUGAGCACCGUGGCCUUCCUGGCCUCCGUGGUGGACCCCCGAGUGGCGUCGGCCGCCGCAAAGUCGGCUCUGGAGGAAUUUUCCCGCAUGAAGGAGGAGGUUCCUGCGGCGCUCGUGGAGGCUCACGUUCGCCGUGUGGAGGAGGCGGCGAGAGUCAGCGGGCGCCAGGACCCCCUGUACGGCCUGGAGGGCAGCGGCAUCGCAGGCACCGGCCUGGAGGAGGGCGAGAGGCCCGGUAUGACGGAUACACCCUCAACACGUGGCUCCAGGAGGUCGAUUAAAGACGCUGAACGGUUUUUCUCUUUAGAUGAAAGCAGUGAUGAAAGUAAGAGUGACAGCCAGUCGACGGAGGACAAGAGAGAGACCAAGGACAGUAAAGAGGGAGCAGUCGAGGAAGAGGAGAAGCAGACAGAGAACGGGAAGAAGGAGGAAGAACGAGGAAGAGAAGCCGAAGGAGAGAGAGAGGCGGACAAAACAGAGUCGGAGAUGGGUGACGCGGAAAAAGAGAAGGAUGGAAAGGAGGGGGCAGAAGAAGGACAGAGAGACGGAGACAGCGAGGGAGAGAGGAAAGCGAAGGUGGAGCGUGAUGUGGGCGAGGGGAACCUGGCCACCGCCGCCGCCUCCGCUCUGGCGGCUGCUGCUGUCAAAGCCAAGCAUCUGGCCGCUGUCGAGGAGAGGAAGAUCAAAUCUCUGGUGGCUCUGCUGGUGGAGACCCAAAUGAAGAAGCUUGAGAUUAAACUGCGACACUUUGAGGAACUGGAAACCAUCAUGGACAGAGAGCGAGAGGCUCUGGAAUACCAGCGGCAGCAGCUGCUGGCCGACCGCCAGUCGUUCCACAUGGAGCAGCUGAAGUACGCCGAGAUGCGCGCCCGCCAGCAGCACUUCCAGCAGAUCCAGCACCAGCAGCACAGCCAGGCCGGGGGGGGUCCCCACUCCAACCCGGCGGCGUCGGGCCCGCCCGCCCAGGCGGCGGCCGCCAGUCAGCAGGCUCCCAGCACGCCGGCGCCGCAGCCGGCCCCGAGCCCCGCGCCGCCGGCCUCCUCGGCCCUGGCGCCGGAGACCCAGCCGCCCGCCGGCGCUCACAGCUCGCCCCCCUGCCCCGCCGGCCAGGCCCCCGCCACUCACUCCAGCUCCAGCGCCACGCCCGCACUUCACGAGCCCAACGCCCCGUUGCCCGGGGAAACGCUCCACCCCUCCGCUCCGGUCCCUCCUCCACAGUGAGAGAAACAUGAAUUGCCUGACAACCUGAAUGACUCUCGACCACUUUGAAUCCUGCCUGUGUCAUCCAGAAGUCAUCAACCGAAGGAAGAGAACACGUUUUACAUUUACAUUUUACAGAUUUUUUUUUUAAUGUUUUAAUUUUUUUUUUUUCCAACAAGACUAUUGAGAAAGAGAAAAAAAAACAAAAACACAUGAAUCCGUUCACCUCAACUAUCUGUUGAAAAAGAAGUCCUUUUUAAAUUUGACAGAAGACAGACUGGAAGUGAUUUCGUGUGGUGGGCUGGACAGCAUCAUCUCACUCCAUGGUUCUAAAGCUUGACGUUGGAGACCCAGAAGGUUUCCACGGUCUCGUCCACAUGCUGGCUCUCCGGGAGAGGAAGAGAAAAGACUCAUCUUUAUGUUGUUUUUUUUUCUUUCAGUGUUUUUGGAAAUUGUUGCAUUUAUUUUCCUGCAGCAGUCAGUCAGUCAGCAGCUUGUGAAGUGUUGUGCUUCAUGACCCCCCCCCCCCCCCCCCCGCCCCUCCUCCUCCUCCCCCUCCUCCUCCGCCCUCGUUCUGUAGGUACUAAUGAAAAUAUAUGUAAGAAAAAGCACUUUCAGUAUGUUUCCCAAGGUCUCUAUGAAAGACUUGAAGCAUCCAUAGAAUUGAACAUGAGCACUUAUAUUGUCAUUUUGUUGUCUUAAAUACUUUUGGUCCUCAAGGUUUUUGAAACUUGAUUGGGAAUUCUGCUUUGGAGUUAUUGUUUUGUGUAACAUGGACAAACGGUCGCUCUACAGGGUCGGGCCCGAAGGUCGCAUGUCUAAAAGUCAAUGAAUGAAAAGAGUGUUAAUGUUAAUUAAUGUGUUAACGGUCGGAACCAAGGACGCCAGUUUGAAAUUACAACCAUCAGUAGUUUGGAUGCAGUUUGUGAAGAUGUACUGUAAACUGGAUUUUCUGUUACAAACGCGUCUUGUUGCGCUCUUCAAAGAGUACGGAAACUAUUUGAAAGUACCGACGGCUUGAAGUCUUGAAAAGACCUCACCCUCGCUUUCCUUUUAGGUUCACUUCCCACCUUUUUUCGUGCAGCUUCGUGUUUUAAAAAAAAGUGUGGAUGAACUCAAAGUGUCCAGGCUGCAGGUUUUGUGAGGAAUGUAAAUUCAGCCAGUGAAAAAGUCUGGGGGAGGAAAAAAAAAAAAAAAGAAGUGUUAAGUGUUUGCAACCGCAUAUGUGUUUUUUUUUCUGAAAUGUGUUAAAUGCUAAACCAAAAUGUUUUUUAUUAUUAUAUAAUCAUGUUUAUCUCACGUUUGUUCCGUGAGUUUUUGUUAUUAUGGUUACUUUGGGAAAUGAAGAGGAUUUUCAGCAGCUUGUGUCGGGUCGGAGCAUUUCACCUUAAAGAAAUGACAAGGGAGCACCUUAAAGACAGCUCAAAAUGAAGAAUCGUGUCCUUAAUAUCUGCAACAAUAUCCUCAAUUUUUAUCCUAUCAAUUUUUAUAUUUUUAUCUUUGAAUUUCUCCAUCUCCUUUCUUUGAUAUGUCAAACAUUGUAACUGUAUAUUCUUACCUUUGUAGCCUGUAUUUACCCUCUCCACCGUCGUGUAUGACUCGGCCAGCCGUGCUGCAUCCAUCCCACGUGGGACUGAGUGUGUGUGUGUGUGUGUGUGUGUAAAUCAGCGCAUGCCACUCACAGCUGAAAACCAUGUUUCCGUUCAGUUUUUUUUUUCUUUUCUUUUCCCAGUGCCAUCUAUUGUGUGCUCAAAGAGUAUGAAGAACUCUUAAAAGAAAAAAAAAAAAAAAGGAAAAAAAAAAGCUUGGUUCUGCACACGACACAUCCGCAGGUCAUGAAAUAUAAUCCAGUCAGAUGGUGAAACUUUACAGUUUAAUGUCUGUCAAGCCAGUAUUGCAGUCCUCACCACAGCAGUGAGCCUAAAUGGACUUCUUUUAUCUGUGUUAUUAUGACAUUGUGUGGAUUUUGUGCUAUGAAAUAAGUGUCCGUUCAGUUUCUGUAUGUUUUUCACUAUGCUGAAGGUAGCAGCAGUUGGUUAUUAUACAGUAGACGUCAAUUUUUUCCUCAGUAAAUCAUCACUUUAGCGCAGACAACUACUCCGGCAGUUUGUAUUAAAACAGAC